AUGUCGACCCGCGUCCAUUCAACCUCGCCUCCUCCACGGAGGCGGCGAGCCUUGCAAGAGCGCAGCUCGGCGCACACCAAUGAAAGAUCCCCCACUCGGUCUCCGCACCGAGCCAUGGAACAGGAAGAUGCCGACAUCUAUACUGCGACCCCGUUUCCGACCAAGCCAGAGCAGAUCCUGCUCCCAAUUCCCGGCAAAGGCCAGCAGGAAUACAUCGCAGAUACCGGAUUCAGCUACUCGGAGGGCGGACCAUCCUGGUCACCACCAUUAGGACAUGGCGGGAGCAUGCGGAAACCGUCUAGGGCUGGAAGCUGGGACGUCUCUUCCACAGUCGACACUGGGAAUUCUCCACCGCAGCUGUGGGAUGAGGAUCCGACCUCCAGCAAGUCAUCACUACCCGAGUUCCCGUCAGCCAAACCAGAGGACUAUAGCUCUGAUAUGGAGGGGUUGGACCCGGAGUAUUCAGACGACGAGCUGGCGGUUUUGCCGACGGCGGCACCAACAAUCAAGCCCGUUCUAUCCGAACCGCCAUCGUCACCUAGCACUGCGCACGCGGAAGAGUCUGUGAUGGGUUACUCAAGCCCUAAUGUUGAGCGGAUUGGAGUCCCGUCCAGCCCUAACUUUGUCACGUUGGACAACUCCAGUGUACAAUUCUUGCCCCGAGGCCCCGCAUCCAAUGCCGACUCCGAUCUGCGCACAAACUCGCUGUCAUCGUACAACUCCCGAGGAACAGUCGUCAGACAUCCGGGUGCACAACCCUGGACGUUUGUGGCCGCUUCGUCUGAGCAACCGCCUUCCCGCUCGCCGUCAUUCCGAUCUAGCCCACCACGUUCAAGUCCCCCACGGUCCAGUCCACCAGUUCUGUCGACGACACCGCCAUUGCCUCCUGCGCGACAGUUUUCCGCGAGUCCUUCUCUCUCUGUUAGCUCUUCCUCACGUAGUCUGCGCUCCGUAUCGGAUAUUGUAGCGGCUAUUGACAAUGGCGUCUUUAUUCAAUACCCUCGGAUUCGUGAGGCUUCGUCUAGCUCUCGCGCAGAGACUUCAAUUGUGUCAGACCGUGACUUCACCCCCGGCCCGAUCUCCGGUCGUUACAAUCCUCAUCUGUCCCGUGUAUCAUCCUCGGCUUGGUCUGCCAGGGACUUCGCAGACCAGUCUCUUCCACCGCGUGAAGACCCAUCCAGUUCCGAGUCGGAACUAGUGAUCCCCCCGCCGGCCUUGCAUGCUCAGCCCAGCAAAUCGACCGUAUGGCUCGUGACCGAGUCGGAAGAAGACGAGGACGAGCGGUCCGAUAGUCUGACCAAUCUUCCCCCUCGUGGCUUCACCCAGAGCCUCUCCUCCGGCUCUCGACGCAGCAACAGUUUGGCUAGUAUCAGGCGUCCUGGUACGGGAUCCAGCACCGUUUUCCACAUUUUGCCAACCUGGGCCAGAAUCUACUAUCGCGCGGACCCGAUGAGCCUGAAUCCCGCUCUCAUUAGUCGACCAUCAUCCGCGCGCUCUGGUACCGGCAGCUCCAGCGUCUUCAACCUCAUGCCUACUCCUCUGACAAUUCCCCGCCCUCGUUCUCCUGAGCGACCGCGCUCGCCCGAGCGUCCUCGAUCUCCCGAGCGUCCUCGAUCCCCCGAACGGGUUCACUUCCCCCAAUGGACUCAACGACGCAUCGAGAGUGACCCUCGUGAUCCCCGAGCUCACUGGCAACCGGACCCAGAGGAUGAGAGCCAGGAGGUGGUGAGCUCCUCUCGCCACCGACUGCACCACAGCUGGUCUCCCCAUUUGUACAGGGACCGCCGAACUCUUCCCAACUCCCACAGUGCAUGGACGACCCCUUCUUUCGACUCGACGAUGGAACCCUUCUUUGGACGGCGGAACAUUCAGGUCUAUUCGUUCUGUAUUGGAUUUGUUUUCCCGCUCGCUUGGUUCAUUGCUGCUUUCCUUCCUCUCCCGCCGAAGCCCAUUGCUCCUGAGAUGGUCCAAUCGGACAAUGACGUGGAGAUUGCCUUGGAGACGCAGCUGAUUAGCCUUCGCCGGCGCCGAUACGAAAAUGCCCGUUGGUGGCGCAACUUGAAUCGAUGGAUGAUCUCUUUCGGAGUUGUCGUCAUUGUCCUUGUCAUCACUCUGGCUGCUAUUGGCGCUACAACGGGGUUCUAG